UCGCUGUCAAGGUCAUACUCGGACGCCUCGGUAUAAAGGCGUGGCACCUCGGCUCACCAUCAUCAGUCACAGCUCAACACUGCUCUCAACAUGUUUACCAAGGCGUUCAUCCUGAUGGUGGUGUUGGGCGUGGUUAUGGCUACCCCCUCUGACAUUUACAGCGCCCCGAGACACCCGACCGGAUACCGAGAGGAACCCAAGCCGUACAACUUCAACUAUGGUGUGAAAGACGACUACGCCGGCACCGACUUCAGCCAGAAUGAAGAAUCCGAUGGUAACACAGUCCAGGGCUCCUACACCGUCCAGCUCCCCGACGGCCGCAAGCAGACGGUGACUUACGUGGCUGACGACUACGGCGGCUACCGGGCUGAGGUCGAGUACUACGGUGAGGCUCAGUACCCCCACGAGUACGGUCCCCCCAUCACCUUCAGGCCCCAGGCUUAUGGCCAGCCCUCAUACCAGCCCCCGGUACCUUCUUACCAGUAAUCGUUAAACAACCCCAAACAUCACACCAACAUAAUACAAUAUAUCAUACCAGUAUAUACCUUUCCUUCAGUCUCUGUAUUCUAGGGCAACUCUGUAUAUAUUUGUUAAAGAAAUAAAGGUUUAUUUGUAAAAA